GGAGUGCUUUGCGGCUGUCAUGGCGGCCCCCGGGCGGCGCGGGGCUACGCUGUUUCCAGCAGUGUUGGGGUUUUGGCAGCUGGGUCCUGUCGCCGCGAGGGAGUGGGCGACCCGGUUCCCGUCGCUCUUGGGCUGUCAGCGGAGGUGCGUGUCCCGUGUGGCAGGCGCCACUUCCUCUGGUCCCCUCUCGGCCUCGGCUUCCAGGCGUUAUGGCUCGAACUCAGCCCUGGACCGCUUCCUCGGACUCUCACAGCCCGACAGUUCGUUAACGUUGGCUCCUCGCGUCCCCGCCGUGUCCAUGAACAGAGAUGAGCAGACUCUCCUCUUGGCUCAUCCCCCCAACAUGCCCGCGAAUCCCCGAGUCCUACGAGUGGCCAUUCUGGGUGCCCCGAAUGCAGGAAAGUCAACACUCUCCAACCAGCUGCUGGGCCGAAAAGUGUUUCCUGUCUCCAAGAAGGUGCACACUACUCGCUGCCAGGCUCUGGGGGUCAUCACAGAGGAAGAGGCUCAGGUGAUUCUACUUGACACACCUGGCCUGAUCAGCCCUGUUAAAAAAAAAAGGCACAAUCUGGAGCUCUCUUUGUUGGAAGACCCAUGGAAGAGCAUGGAAUCUGCUGAUCUGGUUAUGGUUCUUGUGGAUGUCUCUGACAAGUGGACUCGGAACCAGCUCAGCCCCCAAGUGCUCCAGUGCUUGACCCAGUUCUCCCAAGUCCCCAGCAUCCUUGUCAUGAACAAGGUAGAUUGCCUAAAGCAGAAAUCAGUUCUCCUGGAGCUCACGGCAGCCCUCACUGAAGGGGUGGUCAAUGGCAAGAAGCUCAAGAUAAGGCAGGCCUUCCCGUCACAGCCAGGCAUCAAUUGCCCCAGCCCAGCAGCUAAGGACCCAAACACACAGUCUGUUGGAGGCCCUCGGAGGAUUGGCUGGCCCCACUUCCAAGAGAUCUUCAUGUUGUCAGCCCUAAGCCAGGAGGAUGUGAAAAUACUAAAGCAAUACCUCCUGGCACAGGCCCGGCCAGGGCCCUGGGAGUUCCAUAGUGAAGUCCUCACUAGCCAGACACCUGAGGAGAUCUGCUCCAACAUCAUCCGAGAGAAACUCCUAGAGCACCUGCCCCAGGAGGUGCCCUACAGUGUGCAGCAGAAAACAGUUGUGUGGGAGGAAGGGCCAAGUGGGCAGCUGGUGAUCGUACAGAGGCUUCUGGUGCCCAAAGAAUCUCAUGUGAGGAUCCUGAUUGGUCCGAAGGGGAGCCUGAUCUCCCGGAUUGCAGAUGAGGUGGGCCGCGACCUCAUGAACAUCUUUCUCUGUGAUGUUCAGCUACACCUCUCUGUGAAGCUCCUCGAUGGACCACCCUCUGCUAUCCCAGCCCAUGCUUCUAGCAGGAGCUACUGACCAGAAUCGUCCCUGCCUGGAACCUGCAGAGACUAGUGAGGGGCAUGGACACUGACUGGCUAACUCUGGCUGGCCUAGUCUGCACAGCCCCUGCCCAGCCUGGUCUUGUGUUGAAGGAAGGAACCUAUCUUAGCUCAGUCCCCAGGUAAUUCCUCUCACUGGGGACACAGAUACUUUGGUCUAGAAGUUGGCCCAUUGGUGGGAGCAGUGCCACCCUGCUUCCUCCUGUCAUUGGGCCCAGAGUUUCUCCCCGAGUUUCCAGUGGUUAGCAGAGAGAUCUUUUUUAAAAAAUUCUUUAUUGUUACAAGUGUUACAUAAGUCUCCUUCUCCCCCAUUGACAUCUCCCCAGCCUCCCCCAACCCCCAGAGAGGAGAUCUUUUUCCUCCCCUCUCAGAUCCUCCACCUUGAAGUCAUAUAAGGACCCAUGUGUCCUGAGUGCAAUAGUGCCUCCCACCUGUUCCCCAAGUCCUUGAUACCUCCCACCCCAUCAUUCUCCCCAUUCUUGGAUGCUAAUAAAGUGAAAAGACAAGCA